GCGGGGCGACGGCGCGGCCGUGGCCAGGCCUGGCGUCAUGGCGGCGGCGGUGCCCGGCCCGCUCCUGCCCGGCGGCCGCGCUCCGGAGGUCGACCCUGCGGCCUCUGAGGUAGCGAGCAGCGCCCUGCGCUGUCUGGUCGGGCUGGCGGGGCAGCUUAAUCUUGGAGACGAUAUUGUGAAAGUUGUAAUCGAUUGGAGCAAGCUUCAGAGCACAUCAGCCCUUCAGCCAGCGUUGCUGUUUAGUGCACUUCAGCAGCAUAUUUUAUGUUUACAGCCUCUCUUAGAAAAACUACAGUCAUUGAUCAAAGAGGAAAAUAUAGGCCAUGUUGAACCUGCAGGUAAAACAGAAAGUCAAACAAGUUUAGAUGUUUAUGAUGGUAACAGUCAGACUGAAGAAAAGUAUGGAAGUUAUGACUUGAGAGAUCUGAAGGAUGCUCAUUUUCAUUUUGAUCCAGAAGUGGUCCAAAUAAAAGCUGGAAAAGCAGAAAUUGACAGGCGGAUAUCAGCUUUCAUCGAGAGGAAACAAGCCGAGAUCAAUGAAAAUAAUGUCAGGGAAUUUUGCAAUGUUAUUGAUUGUAAUCAAGAAAAUAGCUGUGCCAGAACAGACGCAAUUUUCACACCCUAUCCUGGAUUUAAAAGUCAUAUAAAGGUUUCUAGGGUAGUAAAUACAUAUGGGCCUCAGACUAGAUCUGAAGGAACGCAUGGGCCCAGUCACAAAGCCAGUGUACCCAUGCAUGAUUGUGGAAACCAAGCUGUUGAGGAGAGAUUGCAAAACAUUGAAGCACACUUACGGUUACAAACAGGUGGUCCAGUACCAAGAGACAUUUAUCAGAGAAUUAAGAAGCUUGAAGAUAAAAUCCUUGAGCUGGAAGGACUGUCUCCUGAAUAUUUUCAAUCUGUAAGCUGUUCUGGCAAGAGGAGAAAGAUUCAAUCUCCCCAUCAGAGCUAUUCAUUGGCUGAACUUGAUGAAAAGAUCAAUGCUAUAAAACAGGCAUUACUGAGGAAAACAAAAGAAAGCAAGUCCAAGGAGUCUGAGCAACUUCUUCGAUAAAAGUGUUUUCAGAAUCCUCAUCAUGCUUUACACAUGCCUAAACCAUAGACCUGCGUAGUGUUCAUCAGAGAUGACUAGCAAUGAAAACAAAGCAUACAUAUAUGCUCCUUUUGGAUGAUCUUGAAAGCUUUCUUUCCGAGUAACUUGUUUAAAAGCAGCCUUAUUAAUGAAAUACUUACUUUAAAAUGAAGAACUUUUCAGGAAUGUCAUUCUAAUAAUCCAUUCCCUUCUGUUAUAAAGGAGGACUGCAGCAUUGUUUGUAUGUCAAAAGUCUUAACCUGCACACAAAACUACAUCUCGUGUAAUUCUUGGUGACUAAGUAUUCCAAAGGACUAUCUUUUGAAUACUGUUCAUGUAAGUAGUUUGCAUAGACUUGUGAGAUUAAAUACUUCCUCAGAAAUAAACUGACAUGCAGAAAAAAAUUACCAAAACCUUACAGAAUGCAUGCUUACCUGUGGGUUUUUUUCUGUGUUUGUCACUGUUUUCACAGCUGUUAGAAAUGCAGCAAAUUGCACUUCUGUGUGACAGGUGAUUAUGGAAAUCCUGUAUGUGUAAAUAAAAACAACUUUUCUUCACUUUUUCAGUGUCUUGUGGGAAUUCACAUUUCUUAACCUGCUCAAAAACAAUGUAUUCUAAAAACCAUCCCAGGGGAGAUUUUGAGGAGCAUGCCAGCAAGGCACCAAUUUCCUUUCCAUAUGCAUGCUUACAUGACUUUUGAAGCAUGGAUGCCAGCUGUAUAGUUUAAAUUAAAGUCAGACCUUUGGCCACACAGUGAAGUGAGAUUGUGUUGUGACUUUUUGUUUGGUUUUGUUUGUUUGUUUUUUAAUAAACUAUUUUCUAUUUAUACAA